CCUGCGCAGGCUUCCGUACGCUUAGAGGCUUAGUGACGCUUCAAACAUGGUGGCCUUCAUGUGCUAACGUGAGAAGGAAGAAACAGAGCAAACAGACCACCUGUGUCACUUUUUAAACUAUUAAAUAUUAAACCUUUCCACCGAUAAAGAAGAAAAGCAAAAGGAGGAAGCGUCACAGACGGGUUACCUUUAUGCUCGUGCGGACGGUGCGGCUGCUCCCCUUCAUCUCCUCCCAUCACCUCCAUCACUCCUGCUCUCCGUCUCCCGGACAGAUAUUUGGGCAGCGUGUCGUCUCCGCUGCUCCUGCUGCUGCCGCCAGCAGAGGACUGAGAUCCAUGGAGCCUCUAAAAGCUGCUCAGAACCUCGAGGUUCCCGCCAAAUCUACAGCGGAGGGUGCGAGCGCGAGCCCAACUGACGCGCAAAUCGAACCGGAAGACUCGUCUCCUCCUGUGGGACUGUUGCCAGGGGAGACGGUGGUUAAAGAAGGGAAGGCGUCCAUCUUGUUCCCCAGCGCUAACGAGGUGUUUUACAACCCGGUGCAGGAGUUUAACAGAGAUUUAACAUGUGCAGUGAUCACGGAGUUUGCCAGAGACGUGCUGGCUCAGCGAGGGGUGAAGGUGGUGGUGCCAGGAGAGAAAGAGCGAGUGGUGGUCUCUCUGUCGGAGGAGACCAACGAGGCCGACGCACAGACGGAGACGGUGGAGAAAAACGGAGCGGAGGAGCCAGCUGUGACGGCAACAGCUGGGGAGAAAUGUGAGCGUGGUCUCCGCGUGCUGGAGGGUCUGGCUGCGUCCGGUCUGCGCUCCGUGCGUUUCGCCCUCGAGGUCCCGGGUCUGCAGAGCGUCACCGCCAACGACUUCUCCGCCAAAGCCGCCGCUCUCAUCGCCAGAAACGCCGAAUACAACAAAGUGAAUCACCUGCUGAAGGCCAGCUGCAGAGACGCUAGCAUGCUGAUGUACGAGAUGCGAGGGAAGAAGGAGCGCUAUGAUGUCAUCGAUCUCGAUCCGUAUGGGAGCCCCGCCGGCUUUUUGGAUGCAGCCGUGCAAGCCGUCAGCGAGGGAGGUCUGUUGUGCGUAACAUGCACAGACAUGGCAGUGAUGGCAGGAAACAGUGGAGAGACCUGCUACAGCAAAUACGGUUCAGUCUCCAUCAAAGCCAAAUACUGUCAUGAAAUGGCUCUUCGUAUCAUCCUCCACAGUUUGGACCAGAGGGCGGGGGUGUACCAGCGAUACAUCCAGCCCCUGCUGUCCGUCAGCGUCGACUUCUACAUUCGGGUCUUUGUUCGCGUCUUCACAGGACAGGCCACGGUCAAAAACUCAGCCAGCAAACAGGCUCUGGUCUACAACUGUGUGGGCUGCGGGUCGUUCUACCUUCAGAGGAUGGGCCGGAGAACGAGCAACGGGAAACAUAUGAAGUAUUCUGCAGCCACCGGACCUCCAGUCGGACCGGAGUGGGAGCACUGUGGACAGAGACAUCAGUUCGGUGGUCCUCUCUGGGCCGAGCCCAUCCACGACUCUUCAUUCGUCCAGAAGGUUUUGUCCGCGGUGUCAGGAAACCCGUCUCGGUUUGGGACGUCCAAGCGCAUCGAGGGAAUGCUCAGCAUGAUGACCGAGGAGUUGGAGGAUGUUCCUCUUUAUUACACUGUGGACAGUCUGAGCAGCACGAUACACUGCAAUACUCCGCCCCUGCUGCAGUUUAGGUCUGCUCUUCUCCAUGCUGGUCACAGAGUUUCUCUCGCUCACGCCUGUAAGAACGCCAUCAAGACAGAUGCUCCUCCUGCAGCCAUCUGGGACAUCAUGCGCUGCUGGGAGAAACUCAAUCCUGUGAAGAGGGAGAAGCUGUCAGUGACAAGCCCCGCCUUCAAGAUCCUCUCUACAGAGCCCAGCCAAGAGGCCUGUUUCACCGUGAGAGAAGACGCCAACCCUCAGUCCCGUAAACGCCACCUGACCCGCUUCCAGGAGAAUCCUCAGGCCUUCUGGGGACCCAAAGCUCGGGCCAAGUCUGGGUAA